AUUUGUUUUUAAUAUCUUCUCUCAGAUUUGAUGAGGAUUAUCUCGACACGCCCCACCCAUAAUGUUGCAGUAUGUUCAUUGAUACAGGAGAGGUUCGAUAUCGUCUGCCUCCACUUCUAGUCUGAAACAUACAGGCUGUACACAGUUCAUCGCCGAAGCAGAAGACAUCUCGUUCAUCAAACGGAAACCGGAUAGAAUUGGAAUUUGUACCCAGGCUUCAACAAAAGCAUUGAAAUUAUCGAUCAACAAUAGGAAAAUACAAAUUUCUGAAAGAAAUUCAUCAUGAUGUUGCUUGCUUCCAGCUACAGUCGCGUAGUUUGAUAGGCGGAGCAAUAUUCCGACUCUUUAACAAAGCGGGUAUAUGCAGGCUUGUUCAAUAAAUCACGGAGUGUAGCCUAAUGGAUUUACAGUUUCAAAGCAUACGUUACUUGUUAACGCUUGGAUAUAUAGUGCAAAGCCAGUAUUAUUGAAAGAAGAGCUAAUAUUUAUCUGCUCAAUCCUACAGGGCUUGUACAAUAUCCCGCCAAAAAGAAUCUUGAAUGAAAAAGCGGUGUACACAUCGCGGGGCGAGCCAUUAUAUUUUAAAGCUAUUGUGAUGUGAUGGGACUCGAUGUUUUUAUUUGUUCCAUAUGGACCAUAUUUACUGUGGGAUAUUUUGUUGAAAUCGGAAAUUGUGAAACAAACAAGUGUAACACUAGCACCGAUCAGCAAUGCACCAAUCAAGAAUUCCGAAAGUACAUAUACUCAAAUCCAGAGGCAUUAUGGGACAUAUUUCCAUGUCCGCCUCCAUGGAAACCAGAGUUGAUACUAGAGUUGCCAUGGAAAGAGAAACUGGGUGAUGAAGAUGGUGACAGAUUGUGUAAAAAAGUGGCCCGGCGAUGUGGCCUUGACCUUGUCAAACUACAAGCUAUAGCUCUACAGGAUGAACUUAUUUUUAGCGACUGUGAUAUAAAAUGCUUUCUCGGUCUUCUGCUGGGAUUCCUGACAUUGUGUCUCUGUGUGGUUAUUGUAGUGGUUUUCUUCAGAAGAAGAAGAAAGAAAUUUUCCAAAGUCCCAGAUCAGAAAAAUGAAACUCAGGUCAUUUUAACAUCCAACGGAGUUCAAACAAAAUUGAUGAACGGGGAAAAUAGUCCUGGAGCAAAUGGUUCCCCUGAAAAGAAAGGAAAAUUCAAUAUAGAUUUUGCUCGAUUCUGUCGUAGUGCCAAUAUUUAUGAAUCUGAUGACGUGAAACGUCAUCGAAACGACAUUCCGGAAAAUGCGUUUCUGAGUUCCCGAGACAUGUCCUACAUGUAUGAUUCGGUUAAUUCGUGUGAACAAAGCCUCUCUAAUAACCUGUCAGAUUCAUUUCAUAACCGCUGUAAUGAGGAAAUGAUAUCAGAAUUAAGGGAGAAAUAUGGAUUUAGAAAUUCUGAGUCAUCGUCUGCUUAUGAACCCCGUAGAGUAAGUUCCCCUGUAUCCAAUCUAUUGUACGACAUGCGAAGUCCAAAUCCACCCGUAAGCAAUGCUCUUUAUCAAGCUAGACGCCAAUGUGAGGUUAGUCCGACCAAUCAAAUCCCGCUUAAUUGUCCGUGCAAUAUUUGUUGCCAAUCCAAUUCUUCAAUUCCAUACAGAGGACAAGUGAUUAAUUUAAAACAAAAUUUUAGUGUUCAACUUCAUGAUUACCCCGUAUCGUGUACGUGUAGCCCGAGAGAGUAUCCAGACGAACACAAAUGGAGAAGAAAUGAUGUUAUUGAAAGAUUUCCUUACGCAGACGACGUAAUUAAUUCAAGUGUUCAGAAUCAUUCCUUUUGUGAUAGAGACCAAGGGAUUUCGGACUUCCAGGUAAACAGUGCUUGUAGUUGUAAACAAUGUGUUGAACAAAGGUUUUCUGUAUCCGGAGAGGAUUGUUCAAAUUAUUCGACAGGAAGUGACGUAUAUGGUGUGCCAAAAACGGAGCUGAAUUAUCCCAGGGAAAUCCAGUGUAACUGUCGACAAUGUACGAAAAUGAUUCCGAUUGCUGCUUACACUAAACGGUUUUCUCAGACAGGGGAAUAUACACAAAGGGAUAAUGUCGACAUGCAGUUUAUGUUAGCAGGUGACACCAUUGAUAACGAUGGACCAGAACAUCGAAAGCGCAGGCGCAGUAAACAAAGACCACCCAUAUCGUCCACGGCUUCUUCAUCCGAUAACACCGGAAGUGAGAAAUCUUUUAGAAGUGGUAAAAUGAAGACAAACGGUUCCCUUUUCAAUUCAAGAUUCAUUAGCAGAUAGCCUCGGCGUUCUGUUGCAUCACUUUGAAUAAAACAAACGUGCAAUGCAUCUCUUAAGAAUUUUCAGAGCAAGGAUGUUGUUCAAUCGAAGCUUUUGAUGUCAAAUUCCUUGUGCCCAAUGUGUUCGCCUUUCUGCAUUUAUGUAUUGUUUUAAUCCAUGAAAGUGCAAUAUAUUAAUUUUUUAUAAUGAUUUAUAUUAGUUCAAUUGAAUGGGUUUUGGCUUUCAUUGGAUUCCAGCUGAAAGCUAAAAUGUCACAAAAUAAAUGAAAAAAGCCAA